UGGCAAAUCUUCGUUGACGACGAAGGCUAUGAUUGUUUGAAGCGCGUUUAUAAUCAUGGCGAGUUUCCCAAUGUCACCUACGAUAAAACUUUUACACCCAACCAAGAAAGAGAAGUUCUCCUCGACAUUUACGAAGCAACAAAUGGCAAGCAGUGGUACAACACGACCGCGUGGAAUAGUUCAACAACUCACUGUGCCUGGUAUGGUAUCACCUGCCACAACAACACAUACGUUAAAACUAUCGUGCUGGCUUACAACAACUUGGAUGGUUCUCUUCCUUCAAAUUUGUGGAAAAUCCGGAACUUGAUGGCAUUGUGCACUCCUGGUAAUCCAAGACUGAGGGGACGUAUUGGUGACUUUUUGUUUGGAAAUAUGAGCAAACUACUCACCGUGGUGCUCAACGCAGCCUCUAUCUCUGGAGAUAUUCCGCAAGAUAUCGCCAAGCUGAGUUAUCUACAGAAUUUCCUGGGUUGUACCAUGCACGGUGAUGGGUUCACAGGUCGUUUGCCAGACAACAUAGGAAACAUGACGGAGCUACGACUACUCUGUCUUGGAGGAAAUAGGCUAAAGGGACAAAUUCCAAGAAGCAUUUCUAGAUUAAACAAGCUCUAUUAUCUGGACCUACGAAACACACCUGGUAUGAUGCAUGGCCAUCUAAGUGACUUAUUUUCGAUUUCUUCGCUAAACUUUUUGUCAGUAUCUGGGGUCAAAUUAAUUGGCGAAAUGCCUUCAAUGCUGCCAGCAAAUUUAGUAAGUCUCAUUCUUCCUGGUAACAGUAUUUCGGGCAAAUUUCCUCAAACAAUUCCGGAAAUUAACAAACUUGAAGCGCUGAAUUUAGCAAACAAUGAACUGACAGGGGAUAUCCCAGGUCAGUUGCUUCUUUUUCCACAAAUGAAAAUGAUCGAUUUGUCGCAAAACAAGUUUUCUUCAAUUAACAAAGGGAAGCCGUGGUUAUUAAAAAAAAAUGUCAGCGCAGGAGCUAAAUCGUACGUUUCACUGGCAGGAAAUAGAAAUUUGAACAUUGAAUUAGCAAGCUUUAUGGAAAUCUUCGAAGGAGGUCCAUUAGUUUUAAAUUUGAGCAAUUGUGACAUAGAUAGUCCUUUGCCCGCAAGAGUGUUCUACUUUACAAUGACUACCUGCGAUUUACAUAAAAACAAGUUUUACGGAGAGAUACCGGAUAUUUUUGGGGACACGUCCAUCCUGACUUAUUUUGACAUCUCCUCGAAUAACCUGUCGGGAAGUUUUCCACUAGGGAUCCAAACUCUCAUCUCCUUACAAUUUUUGGAUAUUUCUGGAAAUCCUUCUAUGCAAGAAGGAACUACAGCAUCGUCGACCGUCUUUCGUCCUGACUUUUCAAGAAUGUUUACACCAACGGAAGAAGAUAACUUUACUUGUCCUGAAGGACGGCUCACAAUAAGCAAUGGCCGUAUUCGUCUGGAUCCAACAUUUUACGAGUACAAACAUUGCGUCUGCGAUACAGGUUUCUACGGACAUAGUGGGUUGUGCAAGAAAUGCAUGGAUGGUGGUACGUGCCCUCAGUUUAACUUCACUGAAUCAAAUUAUGUCUAUCCAAACAACAUGACAUUGCGAGGUGGCUAUUGGCCAUCGCCCACUCCUAACAGUGUCACCCAUCUGGUCAAGUGCCCAGUGUCAACUGCAUGUAAUCCAUCAGCUGCCUGCACAUGUCGACUCGAAAGACUCGAAACAACACCAAAACACACAAACUCGUCUCACCACAGACCUUCAGUAUCAUCAUUGAUCACAACAUGCAAUCUCUCCUGCAUCUGUCAUGAAGGAAACACGGACAGGUUUUGCUCUCGUUGUCAAGACGGAUUUUAUAAACUUGGUGGACUGUGCUUCAAAUGUCCAAAGGGCGACCAAAUUUACUACUAUCUGUUUAUUCCUUCCUUUGCUGUGUCAUUCCUUGCUCUACUUUGGUCAUACUUUUACUUCAAACUGAGACCAAUCAAAUGGUUUGCAGUUACGGCAGCUCAUUUUCUUUUAAUGUUAACAUUCAUGUUGUUGGAAUUACUGCCAGCCUGGGUUUUCAAAUUAAAUCUGGUGGUCUUUGUGCUGUGUAUGACCAGUAGAGGAAAAGCAGCCCAACCUCUCAUCAGCAUCACAGUGUUUUAUAUUCAAACCAUGGAUUUUCUGAUAUCCAGUGCCAAUGUUUGGCCUAAAAAAGUCGUAGUGGCUCAGACGUAUUUGAGUAGCUACUGGAACCUUUAUUUUCCUUCGCUUUCCUGCGACCUACCUUCCUUUUUCACUCCCGUUGGCAAGUUUGCUUUUGUGCUUCUUCUUCCAGUUGCUUGCAUGGCAAUGAUAGGUUUGUAUUUCAUCAUCUUGAUGACUUACGACAGGUUUCGUCGAGACCAGGAACGUAUGGAAAACGUUCAUUUCAAAUGUCGUCAAAGUGCCUUCNCAAGACGGAUUUUAUAAACUUGGUGGACUGUGCUUCAAAUGUCCAAAGGGCGACCAAAUUUACUACUAUCUGUUUAUUCCUUCCUUUGCUGUGUCAUUCCUUGCUCUACUUUGGUCAUACUUUUACUUCAAACUGAGACCAAUCAAAUGGUUUGCAGUUACGGCAGCUCAUUUUCUUUUAAUGUUAACAUUCAUGUUGUUGGAAUUACUGCCAGCCUGGGUUUUCAAAUUAAAUCUGGUGGUCUUUGUGCUGUGUAUGACCAGUAGAGGAAAAGCAGCCCAACCUCUCAUCAGCAUCACAGUGUUUUAUAUUCAAACCAUGGAUUUUCUGAUAUCCAGUGCCAAUGUUUGGCCUAAAAAAGUCGUAGUGGCUCAGACGUAUUUGAGUAGCUACUGGAACCUUUAUUUUCCUUCGCUUUCCUGCGACCUACCUUCCUUUUUCACUCCCGUUGGCAAGUUUGCUUUUGUGCUUCUUCUUCCAGUUGCUUGCAUGGCAAUGAUAGGUUUGUAUUUCAUCAUCUUGAUGACUUACGACAGGUUUCGUCGAGACCAGGAACGUAUGGAAAACGUUCAUUUCAAAUGUCGUCAAAGUGCCUUCUUUUGCCUUAACUUCAGCUACUUUCCCAUUGUAAAGCAAACUCUCUCCAUUCUACGCCCAUGCCACAAUGACCGUGAUGUUCUUUACAUGCCAAACUUUCCCUGGAUUGAAUGCACCUCUCACACUUACAAAACUCUAUCAGUCCUUGGUGGCGUCUCUGUUGCGUUUUAUCUCAUUGGGUUUCCCUUGCUUCUCAUUUAUCUGAUGUUUGCUUUCUUUCGAAAGAGAGAAAUCAUGAGUCCUGAGGAUCGCGAGAAACUUGAUGCUUGGCUUGCUCCUGUCUAUUUACCUUACAAACCAAAGUACCAGCACUUCUUCGAGGUUUUCAUGCUUCUUCGACGCUUGCUUCUCGCCACAGCGUUGUCUAUGAUUUCUUCUUCCUCUUCUUUGCAAACGUUUGUUGUUUGGCUGAUACUUAUGGUUUCAGCCAUUCUUUGCUUACGUUUAGAGCCCUAA